CGUCGUGAUUUUAUGUGGAACUGAAUGUGAAAUUGCUAAAGAAAUCCUACCGCCCCCACGAUGGUGAUGACGAUGGAAUCGGAUGAGGACGAGGAUCUGGAUGUCGACUGGAGCAACCUGGAAACGAUCAGCAAGUUCGAUACGGGCCGGGGCUCCAGCAACUUGCUGUCCACGUUCACGAACUCCACGGCCGACCUGAACGAUGUGGGCCGCUCGCUGCAGUCACGGAUCACGACAAAAGCCUCCGCUCCGGUCAGCCUGCUGGUGGAGAGUUUGCUACAGCAGCUGUGCACGAUGCUGGAACCGAACGUGGAGCGAUCGCGCGAGCUGUACAACACGAUCUGCGAGCGGCUGCACGCGGUCAAUCUGAUCGACGAAACGUACGCUAUGGGCGAGUUCGAAAUGAUGCGCAGCCAGUACCAGAAAGCCCUGUACCACCUGGUCAGCAUCGCCCGGGGGCAAGAUUUGCCAGUUCUGCUGCAAGAUUGUUGGCCACUGCAACAACCGCUGGGGCUCGAGUGGUCACGGUACUACCGGGAGUUCGAGGAGCUUUCGUUCCUGGCUGGCGGUGGGUUCGGUAAGGUCUACCGGGCACGCAACAAGCUCGAUGGUAUCGUGUACGCCGUGAAGAAGGUAACGAUCCGAUCCACAACCAUCCAGAACGUGUUGGUACACCUGGCGGAGGUGAAAACGUUGGCCAGCUUGAACCACAUCAACAUAGUGCCGUACAAGGCGGCGUGGAUAGAACCACUACUAUCACCCGGCAAGGGCAGCACCACAAAUGGAUCCGUCUCGGUGAUGGACGAUGAUGAGGAAGACGACGAAGAGGAGGAACCGGAGUGGAGCGCCGCGAAUGCGCUCGAGAGCUCGCUCAGUGAUUCUCUCCGACGGCCAGAGCACGAAUCGGAAGAGUUCAUUCUUUUCGAAGGAGGCAGUAGCGAUGGAGGUGAACGACCAGGAACGGGAUCGGGGUCCGAUGCGGAUGCACGGAAUCAGAUCGCAGAGAUCGACGACUCUCAACCGCACAUCAACCUGAAAUGGGCCACGCUCUACAUUCAGAUGACGCUCUGCCACCUAACGUUGCGAGAGUGGCUCGAUCGACGGAAUGCUGCGUCGGAUUUUGAACAGUUUUACGUUGACUUUCUGCAGAAUCGAUUCUGUGAUGAGCAUGCCGUUACGCCAGCGAUCGCCCGGAACUCGUUCUGUCGGCAGAGUUCACAGCUUUCGAGCCGGACAGUGGAUAGCUGCAUUACCGAGGAAAGCAACUCGCGCCGUGAUUCCGAAUGCUCGUCCAAGGAUGGUUCGAUAGUGGAGGAACACGUGCAGCAUCUGGAUGUGGUGCUCGAUGUGUUCCAGCAGCUGCUGAACGGUUUGAACUAUAUCCAUUCGCGCGGGAUCGUACACCACGACAUUAAGCCGAGUAACAUCUUCGUCAGUUUGUCGGAUCAUGAUUCGAAGAUCAACAUUCAGUUGGGAGACUUUGGGCUGGCCUGUCCACUGCAAAGCUCCCAUACGGGGGUGGGCUUCGGAACACCGUUAUACGCAGCACCGGAGCAACUGGAGGGAAAAUGUGAUCCAAAAUCGGACAUUUACUCGCUCGGAAUUAUACUGCUCGAGCUGCUGGUCCCGUUUUCGACCGAUAUGGAACGUGCCGAAACGAUCAAGCAAGUUCGCCGUGGCCAGUACCCGGAGGAGUUGGAUCGCGAUAUUACCGCGCUUUUGCACAGCUUGCUUCAUCAGCGACCAUCCAGACGGCCGGGAAUGGUCGAACUCGUCGAGGCGGUCAACCGGAUUCGCAUUAAUCGUGACAAAGUGAUAACCGAGCUGAGGCGUAGUCUGUCGCUGCGCGAAGACGAAAUAGCGAACCUGCGGACACAGAUCGAUGAACAGCAGCGUCUGCAGGUGGAGCUGGAUGAGGAACGGACACUGUUCGAUAGGCGUACCUCGCGGACGCUCAUCGUGAAGGAGCAGGAGCUGAUCUACAUGAGCUUAGAGAUAAAAAGCAAAGAGAUAGAGCUGCGGAGCAAAGAGCUGGAGCUACAGACCAAGGAUGAGGAAAUAAGUAAAUUGAAGGAAAUGCUCCGUUCGUACCAGGAGAAGGAAAGCAAGCAAGGCCAACAUUCUUCCGACACUGCCGACCGUGAAACCGCAAAUGAUUGACGCCGUUCGGAAAGUACCAGUAGGAUUGAAAGACUUAAUAUGUUAAUUUAGUUUGUAACACAAUUCGCGCAUUGGCUUUUUGAUUUCACGUUUGUGACACUAUUUUUGCAAAUAAAUUGUAGUGUGUACUAGCGAGUUAA